CCGACUCGCUGAUCGUGCUCGGCAUGCGUCGACAACCAACGCACUUGCAUCCACCGAUUGCACACAACCGUGCGCCCCUGUGCCGGCGGCGGCAUGCUGGGGGCGCGGCUCAAGUCAUGGAUGGAAGCGCAGCUAGGGCGGGCGAAGAAGCGUAAACAGAAGCAGACUAGGCAAUCGGUAGCCCCUUCUACCGGACCAUUGCCUCCCCCACAUCUGUCGUCCCCCGAGAGCGCGUAUAGUACUGGCUAUUCUACGGAUGGUACGUCACCAGGCGCGGCCCCCGCCCCGCUCUCCGCUCCGCUCGCCGCUCCUCUCGUAGCGCCCCCGCCGCCGCCUGCUCCACCAACCACACACCUCUAUCAUGAGCCGGCAAAGCGACGUUCAAGCACAACAGUACGAAGAUGUAUACCAGAACCUCCGAUCUGUGCGACGCCCUCACCUCGACCGCGGUGUCGAAUACGUACUAACCCGUGGUUAGGGGGAACGUCCCCUAACGGAAAGAAACGAACUCCGCAUCUCUUCCAGCAACAGUCUUUGCAAUGUCCGCCACCACCACAAUUUCAAUUACAGCACGCUCCUUACUCUCUUGAUUCACACAAAUAUGGAUCAAGGUCGCCACAUAUGUCACCACACGUGUCACCACAUUUAUCUCCCCACCUAUCACCGGAGCCUUACAGAUCAUCUUAUUACAGAGGUGGGGUGUCAAGUGAUGAAGAAUGUAGAGGCGUAAAGGGCAGGGGAAGGGAAACAGCUAUACUUUCAGAUGCUGACGUUGAUUCUGAUGGAGAUACGGGAUUAGAUGGGGGAGAUGAGGAUGAGCCAGAUAGUGCAUCUUCACCGAGUAGACGAAGAGCAAGAAGACGUAGACCACCACGGAGACCACCACGUUCUGCAGGUGCAACUCCACCUCGUAUGCGUCGCCGGUUUCAUGCGCCCCCAGCACCCCCAGUACGAGAGCGUGAUCCACUGAUGGAAGCCGACAGAGAAGCGGAGAGGAAGUACCGAGAGUUGAUAAGAGAGGCUGAGAAGUUACUCGUAACAGUAUCAAGAGCACCGAUAGAACCACCUCAUAACCCAAGGAUUAGAGAAUUGAGAGCUACUGAGGUGGAAGCGCCCCGACGGAGCCCAGAACGCACUCACGUCACGAAUUUCAUCCGGGCGAACUCCCCUGAGCCUCCUCGAAGGUUGUCGCCUGUGGCACGACGCUCUCCACUCGCGGCCCCUCCACCUACCAAUCGGCCCCCCAUUCAGCCCCUUUCGCCCCAUGAUAGACCGCACUCUGAACCGCCAAAGAGAAAGGCGUACGCACGUGAUGAGGUUUUACAGACCCUGGAAAGUUUGCGCAAGAGUCUGAAGCAGCAGUCCGCGCUGCUCGCGGUGCAACGCACGCGCCUCGACUCGCUCUAACCAACUAAGGAAUAGAUGUAGAAUGUUUUGUUUAUCCUUU